GGUUGAUCGGGUCUGUGUGUGCUUGCAGCGCAGCCUUUCCGUUUGAAUGUGCUGGGGACUGGAGGGGAUCAUUUCCAUGGACCAUCUGUCUCACUGGCUACCCACACAACAAAGAAGGACCCAGGAUGGUGUUAGUACAUGUUGGAUAUCUGGUUCUCCCCGUCUUCGGCUCAGUUAGAAAUAGAGUAUCGAGGCUGGCUCUACAUUCCGCAUUUCUCAGACCUUUGUCCCCCUCCAUUGUGUAGCUAACGAUCAUCUGCUGCUGUCUGCCGUAGCCUCUGCCUGUUCUCUGCAUCUAGCUGUAUUGUGAACCCCUUCUUCCUCAUUUCCUCUUUCCAUCUGAAGACGACAUUGGCAUUAAACCGAGUUCUCACUCAUACCGUAUCCUUCUGUGUAACAGACUAAAGAAUAACACCUUCUGUAGAAAACAGUUUGUCUUUAUUUAAACUGUCAUGUUGCUCUUCAGUGAAUAACCCAUUGUAGCAUUAGACUUUACUACAAACUGUCAUUGUGAUUCUCCCAUUCAGUGUGGAUAGACUACAUUUUGCUGUAAAUUUCUGUAAAGUGGAUACAUUUUGAUCCUCCCCGAUUCGAUUACAGCCAGGCUUGAUCGAACUCUUUCAAUUUUGUCUCCAUCCCCUAUUUGCAAAGGUGCAUUGUACCAGCUUUUGUAAUCAUUAAAGCACUUGUACGAUCACCUUCUCUAAAUAAUUUUGACCAAUAAUCCUUGGUUUUCCUAACAUUCACCAAUUAACCAAUACCUGUAGUACUAAAACCACAGUGAUUUGUGUGAUGCCAUUUUCACCUUUGAUGGUCCACUGCACCUGUCCAAACGGCUGGUCAUAAUCCUAUCCAUGUGUGAAAGCCUUUGUUCCUGCUAGAUGAAUUGAUUUAGUGAGUCACAGUAAAUUGGCAAGACUCGGCUCUAACUCAUCUUGCCAUUUGAGAAUCCCUGCUAUCAUGCACAGCCCCCCCCCCCCUCUUAAGUCUUCCCUCAGACACCUCCAGAAUGCUAUCCAUUUUACAGGGAUGUUUAUAUCCUGCACUGCUGUAGAACUCCUUUUAGAAUGAAAAUGUCUUUUAUUCUUUGGUUGUGGUUUUCUACCUUAUGUUCUUGUAUUAGAUCCUAAUGCAUGGUCAUUUUACACUUUUGUUUUUUUCACAUUGAACAGCAGAUUCCAAUGUAAACGUUGUGUAGAGAUGUCCCUGCUAUACUGAAAUGUGCUGUAAGCAUACACAUCUACUCAUUGGAUGCUGCUUCUGUUCUGUUAACCCUACAGAGAGCAUGGUCGGGCCUUGCCUUUUGGUCUUUAUUUGCAUGGUAUUAUUAUGAUUAUAUAUGAUAUACUACUCUUAUUAUUACUAUUAUCACACAGUGCCGCACAUACUAAUAUUUUCCAAUAAAGACUGUAGUUUUCUUUCUAACCUUCAGUGUGCUUUUUGCUGAUUUCCAUGUGUUCCUCCCCUCCUCCCUUCACACUGUGCUGUCACUGAGACGGUCCCCUCACUCUUUAUGUGCUCUCAUUUCUCAGCUGUCUUUGACAGAGUUUAUUCAAGUUGCUGCUCUGCUUACUUUAGAGUAGGGGCACCCAAUUUUUCUAUCCAUUAAAACAAAAAAGCAUGUUGUACUGAAAAACAUCGGCAUUGACUUUUAACGUUACACGCUGUCAUUCCCUCCUACUCCGAACAAACGAAACAAAACACAGCCUCCCUCACAUCCACUCAUUGGUGUUCAUUGACGAGUUAACAUUGGAACAACUUUGGGCGAUAUGGAUCAAAUCUUCUGUUUGGGAGCACACUUCACCAGGCAUCAACACAGCCAUGCUACCUCCUGCCGACACUUUCACCUGGGCGCUCCCCAGGUGCCCAUCUCAGCAGAGUUCCCUCUAGGACACGCCAGCCAGCCACCUCAGACAGGCCUGGCCACCCACCUGCCCCCGGCACACCACCCACCCCUCACUGCCCUGCCUGCACCCCCUCAGUUCCAGGAUGUGCCGGGGCCUCCAUUCCUACCUCAGGCCUUACACCAGCAAUACCUCAUCCAGCAGCAGCUUCUUGAAGCGCAGCACCGCAGGAUUCUCCCACACUCAAGAAGAACCCAGGAGCGUAUUCCCCUGAACCCUCACCGACUGCGCUCAGGCUAUGAGUACUCCCCUGCCCUCCAUGUUCCCCAGCCAAUGACACAGCAGCAGCAGCAGCGGUACCUGGCCGAAGGCACAGACUGGGAUCUCAGUGUUGAUGCCGGCCUCCCUCACCACCAGUACCAGCUCCAGCAGCUUCCGCAGCACUAUCAGCAUUACCUGGCCUCCCCUCGAAUGCACCACUUCCCCAGGAACACAUCCUCUGCACAAGUGGUUGUGCAUGAAAUCAGAAACUACCCAUACCCCCAGCUCCACCUGUUGGCACUGCAAAGUCUGAAUCCUUCAAGGCACGCCACCGCUGUGCGAGAAAGUUAUGAGGAGCUGUUGCAGUUGGAAGACCGGCUGGGGAGUGUCAGCAGAGGAGCUGUUCAGACAACCAUAGAGAGAUUCACCUUUCCACACAAAUACAAGAAGAGAAAGCCCCUGCAGCUGAAGAUUGGGGAGGAGGAGGAAACAGAUGUGGAUGAGAAGUGUACCAUCUGUUUGUCCAUGCUGGAGGACGGAGAGGACGUCAGGAGAUUGCCCUGCAUGCACCUCUUCCACCAGGGCUGUGUAGACCAAUGGCUGGCCACCAGCAGGAAGUGUCCGAUCUGUCGAGUUGACAUCGAAACACAGCUGAACCCUGACAGCUGAUGAGAUUUAAACCCCCCUCCUUGUCAAUCACCCUCGUCUGGUGUGGUUUCUGCUUUCUUCCAUCCCGGCUUGCCGG